AUGCAAUUCUUCGUUAUAUCAAUAGUCUUUGCUCAUGCUGUUAGCUAAGAACUUAUAUUAUUUGCUAGUUCAUUCACAGAUAAAAAGCUUGUUAACUUAGAAGGUAAUUUGUUAGACUAUUUAGGUUGGAGAUUAUACCCUGAAAAUCCAUUAAAAUCAGGGUUUGGCUCAUUAUCUGCAAGUGAUGAUGACUAUGCAGGAUUGUAUUCGUUAAAUGGAGAGCCGGAUAAGACCUACACUGCUGGAAUGCAUAAAAUUUAUGACAACAUUCCUCCGCACUCUUUCUUAAUUAUAAAUGUGAAAACAUUAAUGUUUCUAAUUUUAUAUAUAUAUGUAGAUCAAAUUAUGGCCAAGGAGGCUUAGGUGCAAUUGUUAUUAGAGCAAAUGGAGCUGUAAUUAUGAAUGAAGAAAAUCCUUUAGAUAUAGUUAAUAAUUACAAAAAAACGAGUUUUUAAUUACCUUUUAUAUCAUCAUCACCUUCUGUUAUAAUUGAAUUCCUUUUUUCCGUGAAAAAUAUUAUUAGAGUAAAUUGUAAAUAAAAUUUAUUAGACUUUGACUUUUGGAUUUCGAGAGUUUGAACUAUAUUACAAAAAAUGUCCUGCUGGGUGCUUAUUUUGUUAAACUAAGGAUUUAAAGUCCAGUGAUUGUAAUUUGUGGUCUUUAGGUCAUCGCUCAUUAGCUGAUUCAAAUCCUUUGAAUGAAGGUUGGUUGAUCAAUUUUUAAGGCCAAAACAUAUAUAAUACUGAGUAUUGUCAAGGUUUUUAUAUUAUUUUAUGAAAUUAGAUGACAAAGCUAUCAAUUUAAUUGGAUUGGCAUCAUCGACUUAAUCUAUUGAAAAAACAGUUCAUUUAAAGCCUCAUUAUAAAAUGAUUAUUUAGUACAAGUUGCUCUUACUAGGAGCUGAAUCUUCUAUGUACACUUAUUUUAAUCUUGAAUUAAAUGAUAUUGUUGUUUCUGAUAUCAAAAUUGCUACCUAUACAGAAGGAUCCAAGGUUUGCAAAUUUAGGAAUCCCAUAAGUUAUGGAGACUACAUUUUGUAGACAAGUUACGAAAACUUUCAUUAAGAUACAAUUUUAAAAUUCAGGACUUAUAGUUAAGGAGGUAAGUCAUACUUAUAAAACUUCAAGUGGACUAUCAGAAACUUUGAAAUUUAUAUUAAGAAAUGUCAUCAGGAUUGUACUGAUACUUGUUUUGGUCCAAAAAAUACUUAGUGUAUAAGAGAUAAGUAUCCAGAAUUCAAAAAUUUUAUAAGUUAUUUUACAGAUUCUUUAUUUACAGACACUUAAUAAUGGCAAAUGAUAACUCCAAACUAACCAAAGUCGCCAAAUUAUUGUAGUGGUUUAUCAAUCUUUGGUGGUUAUCUCUAAUUAAAUGGUGAUUAUUUUAUUUAAAGAAUUGUUACUUUUUAAGAUCAUAAAACAAUUUAAAUUUCAUUUAAGUUUUACCAGAUAGAUAAUUUUAAUAAUGAUAUAUUAUAUGUUGUUGUUGAUGAUCAAAUAGUAUAUUAAACAGUCAUAGAAUCAAUAAUAGAUUUAACACAAGCAAAUCCAUUAUGUGGAAUUUACGAUAAAUAUGAUAAAGUUCUAAAGAUUUCAACAGAUGUAAUUUCACACACUCAAAAAUAAAGUAUAAUACAAAUUUAUACUAAUUAACCACAGACAUCUUAAGGAUAUUGGGGAAUUAGAGAUUUUUAUAUCAAAUAAGAUUAAAAUGUUUACAUCUAGGAAUUCAAAUCACUCAGAUUUUAAAUUAUUGAUUGGUUAUUAUUUCCUUGGAAAAUAACAUAAAAAUUAUAAGUGAUUGAUACUUGCAAAAACUAAAAUUACAUAAUAAGCAAUAAUAAUUUAGGAUAAUUCUCAAAAUUCAGAAAAAUUAUAUUUAAUAUACCUACUCAUAAAAGAAUUAGAAUUUAAUUUACCAUAAUCCUUACUUAUACAAGUAUAAUUGAAAAUACAGUUUAGAUUAAUUAUUAAUUAGAUGAAAAUGAAAAUUAAAAAACUAAAUAUUUAACUUUGAUAAAUGAUUAAUAUUGUGAAACUUCAAUAUUAAGUAAAGCUUAUACAUUUGAUGAUAUCAUUACUCAUUCCAAUGAAAAUUUAUUUUUAGUCUUAUCGAUUGAUAGUAUCUCUAUUAAUUGGGGAAUAAGAGAUUUCUAUCUUUCUUAUUCUGAUUUAUGA